CUGAAUAGGCGUCGCCAAUCAAGUAACCGGAAAUACGUGCUGAGCAGGCGCAGUGACACUAGAACAGGAUGUCUGAGGAAGAGGAGAUUGUAUCUAAGGAACAGCUGUAUACAGCUAUUGGAAUGUUGGCAGUAUUUUCUGUAAUUGGCGUCAUUGGAAACGCUCUUGUUCUGUACGUGUUUUCAAACUUUAAACAGAAACUGACAUCAACCAUCUUUAUUCUCACCUUGGCUGGAACGGACUUCAUCACAUGUCUAAUUACCAUACCUUAUACCAUUGUGGUCGAGGUCCUUGACUAUUCAUUGUAUUAUAACAUUGUGUGUCAAAUUUAUCAGUUCCUGAUUACGACAACUAUCCCGUUUUCAGCUUUCGUCAUGGUAGCUAUUGCCGUAGACCGGUAUUUAUGCAUAUGUCAUCCAUUUCGUCACGCGAUGACGAUUCGACGUGCUGAAUAUAUUGUCGCUGUGCUGUGCGCAUUUGCUGUUAUGCUUGGAAUACUAUGUUGCCUGAACUAUGGCAUUGUGGAUUUUUAUCAAGAUAUCCCUGUCUCAAAUUCUACGUCUCAGAACGGCACAACAAUGUACAACACUACCAUGUUUUCGGGCCGUUUCGCUACAGUGAAUUCUGGGAAUGCUACUAACUUCACAUAUGAUCAACCGGUAUUAACGGAACGUGUAUUGGCACGUCCUGGAAUGUGUGCGCCGAUCAAUGUCGAUAACCCAUUUUUCCAGGUCUAUCAGAAGAUCUAUUCAAGUUUCUUCGCAAUUUGUGCCGUAAUCGUCAUGGUCCUUUACGCUAUAAUUUACCGUUCGGUAUUAGCAAGACGACGACAAAGGUUAAAGAUCGUAAGCAACAAAUGCUGCGGUUUCUGGACGGCUAUUCCGAACGAAACCGAAAGCACGGAAAUAUCCACACUUACAAACGUUUCAGAAAUUGGUGAUGUGGAAAAACAUGACAAAUCAGUACAAAAGAAUGGAACGAAUUCUUCAGCGCCGCAACCAGGAGAAAAAGACGUUAUAAUUCGCCCAAGCAAUGUAUCCAGGGCUAAACUCGAAAAAAUGAAAUUAGCCAAUAUAAAAACUGCAUUUAUGCUUUCAAUUGUAACACUUGUUUUUAUUGUAGCUUUCCUGCCAUCCUGGCUAGUGGCUUUGCGAGUUUUCAAAAUGAAUGUAGUCGUGUUCUACAUGUACUUCUCAUACAACGUGGCCAAUCCCGUCAUCUAUGCUUUCAUGAACAAUACAUUUAAAGCUCAGCUGAAAGAGUUGUUCAAGUGCAAUUCUAAAUAGUGCAAGUCCAUCUCGUCAAAGAAAUCAACUUGUUAAACAUUACAAUCCUGGAAAUGCCCGCCAUUACUCAAAUGUAACGUUGUACAUAAUUCAUAUUAUUCAGUUAUAAGAGGUGGUUUCUGCAAGAGAUAGGACAUUCAUAUCCAUUUUGUAGUUUUAAAGCUUAGUUUCGAUAUUGACAUGUUGCGUGCGUCUGAAAGGAAACUGCUGAAAAAUACCAAUGAUACCUUAAUGCAGAUUAGAUAAUUUUGUUUCAACUAAGUUUCACAAAAAACAUGUUACAUAUUUUACAUACAGUGACGAAUGGAAUCCCUUGUUCAUAUCUAUGUUAUGGUAUCAUUUCUUCAAAUAGUUUGGAACGCAAGUGGACAUGUUUGUUGUCCGUCAUGGGUGGUUUCCCUCGCAUCGUUGGUUUCUCAUGAAUUACAUUAUUGUCUAUACAAUGUUCUUAUUUGAAGCACACAAUCUUGUAUCAUUACGAGUAUUGAAAAUGGGUGUUCCGUAAAAAAACAUAUUGAUGUCUGGUUAGAGAUAUAGGGACACCUGCCAAAAUGUAUUGAUUCUAGCAUAAGUCCAUUUAUGCUCUGCCUUUGAUCUGGUUGUCUCUAGUCACGUGUUUUCACAUGAAUACUGAUGCUAAUGAGUGGUUGUAUAUUGCUUACAUAGAAACCCAUACAAGGCAUACGAACAGUCUCUAAUAUAGUAGAUGCCUUUAUGUUUAAUUGUGGUAUAUAUAUGAUCAUAUGAAUAUUAUUUCGUAUUCCUUCCAUCACCAUCAGGUCCAGCUAUAUAUUGUAUAAUUACCACAUCAAGCAAAUGACAAUCCUUGACCCGGACCGGACUCUUCAUUCGUUUUACCAAAUAUAUGAUUUUGAAACUAUUUCAAACAUGCAAAUUUAAUAUGAUUCGAAUCUGCAAUGUUGGCGUCGUUUGCUAUGCUAAAUUUAAUAAAACGUUGCCAUUAAUUAAUGGACAUGUUACCAUUUUAACAUAUAUCCGAUUAUCCAGGUACUGUUUCGUAAUAUUAAGAUAUUUGAAGUAGGAUUUUUAAAAUAUAGUUCGCUAGGGGGACAAGAAAAGUAUUUUUUGUCAAUCUAAUUCUUUCAUUCCAGUAUUAAUUGCAUAUUUUAUUCAAAAAAAAGCAAUAUUUCAUUUUGCGGAGAAACUAACAACAAAUUUAGAAAACUCGUUAAUAUAGGUUGCUACACAUUUUUAAAAAAUCGUGAGAAAUCCAUUUCACGCACAGUCGUGACAACACAUAAGGUAUAAUAUAAUAGCCUCAUUUAAUGAUAAAUGAAUCUAAUAACACAUCCUAAUUAGCCAUUGUAGACGAACACAUCAUAUUUGAAAGUUAAAAUGCAAUCUAAAUUUUAUCCACGGCAAUAUGUCUUUAGAUUCGAUCAAUAUUUUUUUUAUAAGAAGCCCUUCUUUCUAAGAGCAGAAAAACGUUGCCAAUCUCGAGUUAAUUUUCCAUCGAAUAGAGAAGAUGUUACUUUGUAAGAUUUCUGUAAGGAAAACAACCUGGUUUUAGAUCUCUUGUGCCGCGUACGCUUUGAAAGCGUAUCUGAAAAACAUGUUGGCUCUCAAUUGUUUUGGUAUGCAAUAUAAAAAAUGACAUAGUCGAACAUAUAUCGAUUCAUUUUGUCAGUGGUACCACUUCACAUCUAAUUUCUAUUUAGUUAUUAUUUUAAUCUUAGUUGUUAAAUAAAUUCCCUCAUCUUUUCAUCCAUUCUCAUUAUCUUGUACACAUUGUUCACAUUUCUAUUGUUUAUAGUGUACAGUUCUGCUGAUUUGAUUUCAUCCCCGUUGACAAAUUUACUGAAUUGUUUUAUCCCACAUAUUGUUUAACUUAGUCUGUAAAGUCAUAAAGUAACUAAGUCAAUUAUCAUAUCUGUAGUGAUUUUUUUUCUGUAUGACAAUGUGUAAGUCAACAUCUUUCGUAUUAUCUUUACAUCAUUAUCGUUAUGCUCAGCAGAUAAUUUGCAAAAUUUGUAAAAUUCUAAUAUAUAUAAUAUUGUUGAAUCAUUUUUUUUUUAAAUUACUAUAAGGGAUCGGAACUCACUUUGUAUAGAUAUGUUCAUCCUGUAUGCCCUAUAAAUAUACAUGGUUAGUACCAAGAUAAAUUAUAACUGAUUUGAGAAAGGUUUUCUCUCAUUCAACGGUUUUUUCCUGUAGGUUCACACAAGCACGGUCAUUAUUCUAAAGCAGAAUCUUUGCAAGUGGUGACCCGUGUUGCCACGGUGUACGGUAGUUGUUUUAUCAUGAAGUACAUUAUAUAAGAUUGUGUUUCGUAAAAAAGGUGUAAAUACAUGAAUUAAAACACUUUGAUGAUUAUUCAUUGUUUCCCAAUGGCUUACAUGUACAACAUGUACGACAUGCACUUUUUUGUUCAUUUUAUUCAUAAUAUGUCCUCAUUUUCGAAGAUUGUAUCAUCAAUGAUUUCAAAGGUUUGCUUGUUGCUCCAUCCAAAAAACAAUAAAAUAUGAAGCUUGAACCAUUGAAUUAAACUCAUCUACCUUUUGAUUUUUCACGGUUCUAUAAAACCUCGCUAUUUUGAACUAUUGGCUCUGUAGAGUUACAACGUUAGUUUGGUCAAGUUUCUUUUUGAAUUUAUAUCCAAUACAUUAUUUCGUCAGGUAGAAGUCUUUUAUUUGAGUCAGAGUGUUUCUAUAGACAAUGCAAGCUUGCUUAUUCUAUACGCAGUAAUUUUCAUGUUAAAUGGCGUUGACACUUUACUUUUGCAAUGUGAAAAUCCAUCAUGAAGUACAUUGUGUGAAUUAGAACUAUUUUUGAAAUAUAUUAACAAUAAUUUGACAUAUAUGUGUGAUGUUCUAAAAUCAGCCUGAUUAAGGAAAUAAGCUAUUUCAAAUUGGAACUGCUUAAAUAAAGAAGUAUUUUCUGAACGUAGGUGGUUUCCGUGUACUCGGUAAAUUACGAACGAGAUCUUUGUUCAUGCAUGGCGUUUCUGCUAGUCAGAAUGCGAACUAGCAUAAUCAUAUUCACAUAAUUCGACUUUUCGGCGAGAAUCAGUAAAAGCAUAGCAUGAUUUGGCAUAACUCUUCUCGUGGAUAUCUUCAUUUAAGGACAAAGCUUGUCAGUUGGUAGCAUGUAUGAUCACUUAAACUAGAUUGUUCAUAUAAUCUUCUAAACCAUACAGUUGUAUACAUAAUUCAGUUGUUUUCUAACACUUUGUGUAGUUGAAUAACAACACUUAACACUGAAAAUAAAACACACGCAUAAUUACUUUGCCAUCGGUUUAUAUUUGUUAUCUUUCCUCCGUGUCCUUCAUUUGUUCCUGUAUUUUGUUUACUUCUGUAGGUGUCCCCUCGACAUCCGUCCUCAUAUGACCUAGCUGUUGGCGUCUCCCUGGACACCCGUCCUUAUAUGGGUAAAGCCAUUGGUGUCUCCCUGGACAAUCGUCCUCAUAUGACCCCGAGUGUUGGUGUCCUCGAUACACUCACCCUCCUAUAA